GCGUUGGGGCCACUACGUCCCUGGUUGCGUUUCCCCGGAUGCGUCUCCGCGCAGAGCCAGGAGAUGCGUCCGCCUCGCCUAAAGCAGGUGUUGGAGACUUCUGUCCUGGGUGGAGCGGAUAACCUCCCCGGAGGAGAUCCGGUGCCCCUCUGCCGAGAGGGACAGUCCCAGACUGUCUUACUGGGUACGAGCUGCAGCCCCCGCCACCUUGCCGACUCUCCCAGAAGUAGCUUACCACCCUGCUGCCUCCUGAAGCUGUUUGAUUGUGCAGUUAUCGCCCAUUCGUGGAACAGUUGACAAGGUGGCUUCAUGGCUACUCCAGAUGAUUCACAGGAAACUUCCUAUCUGCUCCCUCUGAACCCUGAGGACUGGGAGGAGCAAGGCAUCCCCGACUUUGUCUAUGGACAGAAAGACCUCGUCGGGAAGGGAAUCCAAUGGCCGGGGAAUGCAAGCCGCUCCCUGGACACACUGCCACGGUCCCGCUUUGACUCUGCCCUCUGUUCUGCGUGGAGGCAGCGAGUGGAGCUGGGCCUCUUUCGAUACCACCUAGAAGAUCUGCAGACCCAAAUCCUCCCUGGUUCCGUGGGCUUUGUAGCUCAGCUGAAUAUAGAGCGAGGAGUGCAGAGGAGGCCACCCCAGAAUAUCCAAAGUGUGAGGCAGGAGUUUGACCCCGAACAGUUUAACUUCAAUAAAAUCCGACCUGGAGAAGUCCUUUUCCGUUUGCGACGACGGGAGCCCAAUGGCCCAAAGCAAGAGGACAUCCUUGUGCUGAUCAAUGUCAGCCCCCUGGAGUGGGGGCACGUGCUGCUGGUGCCUGAGCCUGCUCAGGGGCUCCCCCAACGCCUGCUGCCUGGGACACUGCGGGCGGGGCUUGAAGCUGUGCUACUGAGUUUGCACCCAGGCUUCCGGGUCGGCUUCAACAGCCUGGGAGGUUUGGCCUCUGUGAACCAUCUCCACCUGCAUGGGUACUACCUGGCCCACCCACUGCCUGUGGAGGGCGCCCCAAGCACACCUCUAGACCCAAAGGGCUAUAUCCAUCUGCUGCAGGCCCUCCCAGCCCCUGGCUUCCUCUUUUACACUAGUGGGCCAGGGCCUGACAUGGAAGCCUUAAUUCGCAGGGUAUGCCAGGCCACUGACUACAUGAGUAAUCAUGAGAUUGCACAUAAUUUAUUUGUGACCCGGGGUGCUCCACCGGGGCCGGCAUCAUCUUCCUCAGGCCUCACUGGGCUCCGAGUCAUCCUGUGGGCCCGGAAGUCCAGCUUUGGAAUCAAGGAAAGCGGGGCUUUCAAUGUUGCGCUCUGUGAGCUGGCUGGCCACCUACCUGUUAAGACGUCCCAGGACUUCGGCAGCUUGACAGAGGCAGCUGCAGUGGCCCUCAUUCAGGACUGUCUGCUGCCCCAAGCUCAAGCGGAUGAGGUACAGGCAGCGCUGGUGGCCCUGAUGGCCCAGGAAGAGCUGUGAUUCCUCAGGAGUUUUUUCUUUCUUGAUUCGAAGCCCUUUCCAAAGGCUGCUAAUCACUGGUAUUUGGGCAUCUCUUGCAUGACGGCCUUCCCACUGCUCAGCCCAAGGACUGAGUAUAAAGACAACGCUGAAUGAAUGUAGUCCCGGGAAUGUUCCAGCUGCUUCUCCCCUCCCUUAGACAAGCCCCAGGGGUAACAUAUCUACCAUUAAGGGCCAGGCAGAUCACUCUGUGGGGGAAGAGUGCUUGCUGCCAGGCCUGACUACCUGAGUCCAACCUCCAGAGCCCAUGUGGUCCAGGUUGCCCUCUGACUUCCACACACACACACACCUAUACAUGUACACACACAUAAAAGUAAAUGUAUCUCAAAUAAAUAAAGUACGUGUGCCGGU